CCCACACCUUAUCCACUCGAGACUCGACGCAAGCAACUAGACAAGGAAUGGAUGGGAGGAAGAGAGAGGUGAGGCGGCAGCUCACCGACGGCGCCUGGGAUGGUGACCUGCAGGUGGCCAAGCGGCGGUGCUCAGGAGCUCUAGCGUGGAGGCGAGCUGGCUCCUCUGUCCUCGCCGGAGUCGCGGUGGGGCGGAGAUGAGGCGGGCGACAGCAGGGAGGAGCUCCUCCCGGACCCAGCAUAGGGACACGGCGCGCCGGCGACGAGGUGGGCUGAUCUGUCCUCGCCGGAGUCGUGACGCGAUGGAGAUGAGGCGGGCAGCGGCGGGGAGAAGUUCCACCGGUGGUGCAGGGCCCGGACUUGGCCGAAAUCAGGCCGGAGGCUGCCGACGCGUUGGGAGAAGAGGCGGGGGAGAAGCGGAGGCUUGCCGGACGAGCUCGGCGUCAGCAUCAGCACGCUCGUCGGGGAGUGCGGCGAGCGGCAGCAGGCUGGAUGGAGAAGGGCGGCGUGCAGCGGAGAGGCGGAGGCUCACCACCAGCACGCUCGUCGGGGAGUUCGGCGAGGCCCACAACCAGCAGGCUCGAUGUGUGGCGCUGCGAAUCCUGCUUUGGCGCGGUGAGGCCUCCUCCCCAUCGUCCCAGCCGUAGAAGGAGGCGAGGGGAACAAGCUGGAGCUCGAUUUGCUGGCAGCCGGAUCCGGGGCACACAGAAGAGCUUGCUGGGGCAGGGAGGAGGGUGUUCACCACCAGCAACGACAAGACGGCGUCUCCAAGUCUGGGAUAGCUCAAGCGACGGCCACAUAUCCAGUGGGAUUCAUUUCAUCUCUUCUGCAAUGUGAGGCUGCUAACCUCGCGUCCUUUUUUUGCUGCAUUUACUUUUCUUUCAAGUCCAAUCUCAUUGUUAUUAUGAAUUAGGAAUAGACAUUUUUUGUUAACUGAUGGAUGAGUGGUUGGACUUGCUCACUAUGUAGCUACACAAAUCAAAUUUUCACACAAACGGGCACAGAACUUUGUAAACCCGAUGGCAAAUUAUGAUGUGUUUUCCAUCAUGACUUAAGUUUCGAUGCGUGGAAAUUAUGAUAUGUUUCCCAUGGAAAAAUAUCCAGUGCACUUUGCCAUGUUUCUUUUCACAUAAUUGCCACUACAUAGCUAUCAACAGUUCUAAAAUUGCCAUCCAAACCAUUUGCAUUUUGCUGCAGUAAUUCAUUAAAUUAACAAAAACAACACAAAAUGGCAAAUCUUGCAAUGGUAAGUUUUAUUAUUUAUUUAACCAUUAUUAACAUGGCAAAUUUACCUCAAUACCCAUGGUAAUAUUUACCUUUUAUUGCCAUGGCAAGUUUUUGCUAUUUAUUUGCCAUGGCUAAUUUCCUUUUAUUAACAUGGCAAAUUUACCUAAAUCCCCAUGGCAAUAUUUAACUUUUAUUGCCGUGGCAAGUUUUACUUUUAAUUUGACCUUUGUUAACAUGGCAAAUUUACAUAAAUCCCCAUGGCAAUAUUUAACUUUUAUUGCCAUGGCAAAUUAACCUUUUAUUUACAUGGCAAAUUUAUCUUAAUCCCCAUGGCAAUAUUUAAAUUUUAUUGCCAUGGCAAGUUUUACUAAUUAUUUGACCUUUAUUAACAUGGCAAAUUUACCUAAAUCCCCAUGGCAUUAUUUAACUUUUAUUUGCCAUGGCAUCAUUUAACUUUUAUUGCCAUGGCAGGUUUUUACUUUUUAUUCGCCGAUGGCAAAUUGACCCUUAUUAACAUGGCAAAUUUACUUAAAUCCGCAUGGCAAUCUUUAACUUGUAUUGCCAUGGCAAGUUUUACUUUUUAUUUGCCAUGACUAAUUUGCCUUCAUUAACAUGGCAAAUUUUACCCAAAUUCCCAUGGCAAUUUUUUUACUUUUAAUGACAUGUCAAAUAUUUACUAUUUAUUUGACCUUUAUUAACAUGGCAGAUUUUACUGCUUUGCCAUGUCAAAUAUAUGCAAUUUUUAAUAUGAUUCUGGUUAUGGUGUUUUUCUUUGUUCAUUUUUUUGGUUUUUUCAACUUUUUGUUUUUUUUUCACACACGACAUUUUUCGCAUACAUUACAUAUAAAUUUAAGUAAAAAUACCAUGACAUUUUUUGCUGUGAAUUUGCCAUUGCAAAUUAUUUUGUUUGUAUGAUGGAAAUUUUCCAUGACUUUUUCUUUUUCUUUUGGGGGUUAUUGUUAAAAUAUAUUCUACGACGGUGCUUGUAUAGAGCCGUAGAACAAGGGAUUUCCCCCACAUCCCGUAUCCAUUCUUGCUCCUCUCCUUUAAAAAAAAAAAAGAAUGUACCUCCAACUGAAAUAGGAAAUCACAUUUUUUAGCAUGGGUGUUAUUGCUUCUGGAGCCUUUGAAAUUCGUCCAUAUUAAGUAAAACCCGUAACACACAAGCUUAUGGCAACAACAGGAGGCUCCACAUGGCAAGAACUUUGUCUUCUACAUGGCAACAAUUGAGGAUGGCAACUCCUCUUCAUUUCUAACUUUUUUUGGACUUUGUUUUCAUAAACACAUGGGAACAUCACUGUAACAGGGUUGUCAUUUUUUUCGACAAACCAAUGCGUCAACUGAGUACACACCUUUCCUACAUACAUGCAUCUGUCAUCAUGCAUUUCUCAUCAUUAACAGUUAUCAGGUGGCAAGAACAUUUUCACAUACAUGGAAACAAUAGGGGUUGGUAGCUCCCCCAUCCCCCUCCUGUUUUCAUAGACUCAUGGCAUUGUACCUUUAACAGGGUUGGCAAUUUUCUCAAACCCCACACAGCAUCUACAUCAACCCCUUUUGAUACAUUAGCUCCCUCUCAUGAAAAGUUUCAAAAAACAGAUAAGGAAGUGUCGUUAGUAGCAACAAUUAUAUGGUAAGAACAAUAUGGGAUGGCAAGAAUUUACAAUUCAUCAAACUACCACACAUUUUUUUUCUUGUUCUUGCCAUCCAAAUAGAUCUGAGCAUGGCAAGAUCAGCACAAAUCUCAUGGCAGAUCUGAGGAUGGCAAGAUCAGCACAAAACUCAUGGCAAGAGCUGAAAAAACAAAAUUCAUGGCAAGUACAGGUUCUUUUUUCAUGACUGCUAAGUUGUCAUAUGCGUGGUACUUUUAUUGUAGGGUUCAUAGCUUUCUGUAAGGUCCCUCAGAUCUUGCCUUGGCAACAAUGGCUAGAUCAGAGAGGGGGGAAAUAGGAGGAGGGGGGAGGGGGAGGUGAGGAGGUGGUGUGCGGCAAGCAAAAUUCACCUGAUUUCACUUCAAGUAGCUCAGCUUCUGUAGGGUUCCUCAGAUCUUGCCAUGGCAAAUUCCAUAGAUAUCUAUGAAGGGGAAGGGGAACUAUGGUGGGGAUCGGGGGUGGAGGUGGGAGACGCAGGGCGUUUUUGGAUCGGGGGUCGAGGGGAGAAGCCGCGUGGACCAAGAGGGGGGUUUCACCACGUGGUAGUUCGGGGGUUAAGGGAUCCUUCCGAACAGUUUUGUUCGGCUCGAGGGACUCCCACUCCGAACAAGUCGUUCGGACCGGCCCCCUGCGGUACCGAACGUGCGCGUUUUAUCGGGGUCCAAAGAAAAAUUGGUGGAAGGCUAAGUUUCUAGCAAUACACCGACUCCACCACUCCCGCCUUUACAUGCGUAGACCAAGUGAAUAUUUUUGGGAAGAAAACACUGAUUGGUUCAGUGCGGUUUCGAUUCCGAGACCAACAAAUUAGAUAGUACUAGUACUAAUCCUCGCCACAUCCACAUGACAGUUGAAUUAUUCUCCAGCGUGCUGCAUCACCGUUGCAAACUACAGAUUCCAAGCUAGAUCUAGCUUAGCAUAUAAUACUUGUUUUUCCGGACGAAGAGCAUAUAUGUUUCCCUCCAGUAUGCACCUCUAGGAUCUAGCCAUACAAUGGAGAGGCAGAAGAACGCACCACUUCUCGUGAAGAGGCCGAAGGAGAGGGAGGGCCAGGUCCAAGGACUGGCCGGCGAGGUAUGGGAAGAGUCCAUGAAGCUGUGGGAGGUGGUCGGCCCGGCCGUGUUCAUGAGGCUCGUGCUCUACAGCUUGAACAUCAUCAGCCAGUCCUUCGCCGGCCAUCUCGGCGACGCUGAGCUCGCCGCCUUCUCCAUCGCCAGCACCGUCAUCUCCGGCUUCAACCUCGGCUUCUUGCUUGGCAUGGCGAGUGCGCUGGAGACGCUGUGCGGCCAGGCGUACGGCGCAAAGCAGUACGCAAUGCUGGGCGUAUACAUGCAGCGCUCGUGGCUUGUCCUCUUGGCUUUCGCGGCGCUCCUUUCCCCGACCUACAUCUUCAGCGGGCAGCUGCUCAGCGCGCUCGGCCUGCCCGCCGAUCUGGCCCGCGAGGCCGGCGCGGUCAGCGCGUGCCUGCUCCCGCUGCACUUCAUGUACGCCAUCCUCCUGCCGCUCAACAAGUUCCUCCAGUGCCAGAGGAAGAACGCGGUCACCGCGGUGACCACGGCCGUGGCGUUCCCGGUGCACGCCGCGGUGACCUGGCUCCUGGUCAGCUACUUCGGGCUGGGACUCAUCGGCGCCGCCACCGCGCUCAACUUCUCAUGGGCGCUCGUCGUGGCGCUUCAGUUCGCGUACGCCGUCGGCGGCGGCUGCCCGGAGACGUGGGGAGGGUUCUCGUCGUUGGCGUUCGUGGACAUCUGGGGGUUCGUCAAGCUGUCCUCGGCGUCCGGAGUCAUGUUGUGCUUGGAGAGUUGGUACUAUAGGGUUUUGAUCUUCGUCACUGGGUACAUGAAGAACGCUGAGCUUGCCGUGGAUGCCUUGUCUAUCUGCCUGAGUUUGACUGGACUGGAGAUGAUGAUUCCGUUGGGGUUCCUAGCAGGCACCGGGGUGCGGGUCGCCAACGAGCUCGGCGCGGGCAACGGACACCGGGCGAGAUUCGCCACGAUGGUGUCGACGACGACCUCCUUUGUAAUCAGCAUCUUCUUCUGCUUGCUGGCGUUGGGCCUCCACGGCAGGCUCGCCCUCAUCUUCUCGUCGAGCAAGGCCCUGAUCGACGCCGUGGACGACAUGUCCGUCCUGCUGGCCCUCACCAUCCUCCUCAACGGAGUCCAACCCGUCCUUUCAGGAGUUGCAGUUGGGUCAGGUUGGCAGGCAUUGGUUGCGUAUGUGAACAUUGGGAGCUACUACCUGAUCGGUGUCCCCUUCGGCGUUCUGCUCGGAUGGACCUUCCAUCUCGGAGUACAUGGAAUUUGGGCGGGAAUGAUCGGCGGCACGACGGUUCAAACGCUAAUCCUCGCGUACAUGACCAUACGAUGCGACUGGGAUCAGGAGGCCUUGAAAGCAAGUAACCGCAUGCGGCUGAUGGGAAGCUCCGAGUGAUCAGUCCAAGCCUGUAGUCAUGCAUCGGACAAGUGAAGAUAGUGUAGUUACAAGUGAUUAUUUUCUUUUGAGCGGACUCUGUUUUUUUUUCAUUCUUUUGUUACGAUUUAAAAGUCCCAUUUGCAUUGAGCUGGUCAGAUUUGGCCCGGUCCGGCCGAACAAUUUUUUUUAGCCAACCACGGGCCAUUAAGGCAACUAUAACCAAUCCUUUAUCCGGCUAUAAAAGAGGAUGAAUUAUGUUUUA